UAGAGGCCGCCCGCACGCCAGCGAUGGGACAUCGGACCACGUGGUCGCGGCGCCGGCGGCCAUCUUGACCGUCUUGGUAAUCCCAGCCUGGCUCUACGGGGACCGCCUGAGCGCCGACCGGCAUUGUGGCGUCGGUCAGGUGGACCUGAUCAGCGUGUCCCCGGGCAGCAGCCUGGAUACGUUCCCUCUCCUCAAUGGUGAGGGUGGUGGUCUGGAUGACAUCAGCAAGCCAUAUAAACCUUUUCUGCCGACUUCUUAUUCUCCCCAAGAGGGCUACUUAAAGGAGGGUGAAGACAUGCUAAGCAUUAAAGAAUUAUGGCGGAAUGUGGCUGAUUAUUCAAAAAGGAACGAAGAGAACCAUGAGCGACCCCAGACCACUCAGUUAGAUGAUGCCAGCAUUAGGGACACUCGGAAAGAGGGGCUUUUCCAGCACUUUUAUCAAGUGGUUCAGAAAGAACGUGAUCGAGAAAGGCCUUCAGAUUGCGUUAUUGUUUAUAUCAACAACGAACAGAGGGAAUAUGCGACAGGCAUAGGUCAUCGGUUGCAGGAUCAUGACCUUGUGGUGGAAAUGAUUCACCUCUCCUCUGAGUCGAGCCUUAUGCGAGCGCUCCAGGAAGUUAAGGAUGACGGGUCCCCGUUUUGCAUUCUUGUUGAACAGUCUAAUGUAAAACUUUCCUCUUGCACCGUAAUUAUGCUUCAUGAGUCUAUCAAAAGCUCUUUCUCAUCCCUAGUUCAUCGCCAUAUGCCCCUGGAAGAUGCCCUGGUGCUGGUGGCUAAAGAAUACAGGAGGUUUUUCUCUAAACGGGAGCAGCAGGAACGUACUAGAGUUGCUCUGCGGGCUGGAGAUCUGGUGGAUGACUUCUUGGCUCGGGAGCGCCUUACCAGCUACUCUGUCCCUUCAGACAUUCAGCACCUUCUCUUCCUAUUGACUGAGGGAAAGCAUCUGUAUGGGAAUGAGUUGAACCUGCUUAUUGACUACCUGACAACCAGGAAAGGGCAGCUGGAAGGCUUUGAAACUCCCGAGUCUUUGGCUAGCAAUCAUUCCUCAUUUCAAGGCAGGAACACCCCUGUUGUGGGCAAGCUGCCUCCACUUCUUCCAACCCCUGGAAAGCAGUCCUUCCCGGGCUCUCAUCUCCCCCUUCCUGCCAAGUCCCCGUUGUUAGGGGACAGACCAGGAGGGGCUCUCCUUCCACCACCAGGCUUGGUCAAUCCCAAAGGUCUGUUUGCCCCUCCCCUGCUUCCAGCAGCCAUCUCCAAGAGACCUGCUCCUAUGGGGUGCCCCCAACCCAAGUGUGUCAAGCGUCCCCUACUUGGGGAGAAACCAGGCCUUCUAGUACCACCAACAGUUCUUCUGUCGGUGCUACACAAGCAGGCGGUGCAGCCCAUGUCUCUGCUCAACUAAGGAAAGCUCCCUGGAGCCAGGAGAACAAGGUGGCUGCUGCCCAGAUGGCAGCUUCACCCUCCUUCAAGGACCGAGGCCCCGGUUGGACCUGCAGCCCUGGUGCCUGGGCAGUGGGUACGAAUGUGCUUCCCUUCUGUUUGGUAUGUGGUCCCAUGGAAACCUGUUUCCUGUUCAGAGUCUCUUUGUGCCAAACUAGAGAUAUAUGGAAGGUCAUUGUAGUAGAAAUUGGAUCUUGAA